UGACCUUUGAACCACCCCUUGACAGGAGAAUGGCAAGCAUAGGUAGCUAUCUACCUCCUCCAGGGAGCGCCGUGUGGCGUCGAGAUGUUCCUGCCCACCCUCAUAUAGACCCACAUGCCCAGGAGGGGAAGAGAGUGCGGCAUGUGGUCAUCAGGGAUGCUCAAAUUUGGAGCAAACCAGCCCCAUAUGUGGUGUAUCGAGUUGAUGUGCUGACUGAACACGACCAUUGGUAUAUGUUUAAACGCUACAGUCAGUUCUACACACUGCACUCUAAGUUGGUGAAGAAGUAUGGUACUAAAGUCCAGCUGCCUCCAAAGAAGCUCUCUGGUAAUCUGUCCAAAGUUCUCAUUGACAAGAGGAGACAAUCGCUUGAGACGUACCUUCAGAAGUUGGUUCAUGGGGAAUCCCAAGUCUCCCUCUCUCCAGAGCUCAUGCAGUUCCUCGAUGUGCCCACUCACGAUGUGAUUGAGGUGACUGAUAUACUGACGCGGCACCUCUAUCUCCAUGGCGACCAGUUGUUGGAGGAGGCCACGCCCAUUUCCCUGAGCGUGAAUGAGAUGUAUGCAAUCACCAAGCGACUGCUGUUCCCACGCAAUGCUGCAGGGGAUGGAGAUGAAUGUGAUGAUGUGGCUGCGGACCCCGCCCACCUGUACAGCUUUGUGCAGACACUGGAGACCCUCAAGGUCUCCCUGCCACCUGCCACCACCUCAGUCUGCUGCUCCAGCUUUGAUCUGGCUCACUUCAGAGCACUGCACACCUUCAAGAUGGACAAAGUUCCCCUGAGUCAGGUGACUGGGUUGCUGUCUAUCCAACAGCAGUUGGGUAAGCUCUCAGUCCAUAGAGGCCUCCACACUCUGAGGGAGCUGCUCAUAGAGGCAGUAGAGGAGAAGAGAGGCUCAUUAUAUGGAGGGGGUCAAGCCUCCCCCACUCUCAUCUCUCCCUCAUCAUCACAGUCAUGGAGGAUAUCAGCCACCGCUAGACUAACAACGUCACGAGUGAUUGUCCAGCCGUGGCACUCCCUCCACACCCUCACACUCUCACACAACCUCCUCACACACCUCGAUGACUCACUGCAGCUACUACCAGUGCUUAGAGAGUUAAACCUUAGUCACAACCAGCUUCAAGAACUCAAUCUUCGGUUCCUCUGUUUGCCUGGUUUGGAGAAGCUCUCACUGUCACACAACUCCAUAGCAACCGUACACACAGACAACAAGGUGCUGGAGAGGAUCACCUGCCUCAAUCUGUCCCACAAUCGACUGGCUACUCUGAACUGGCUUCAUGCUUUUGUUGGUCUAGGAGUGCUCAAUAUGUCCUAUAACCUGCUCUCCCAGAGACUGGACCUCGAUAAACUGACUCAGUUGAGACUGCUCAACACGCUCACACUUAGAGGUAAUCCCAUCACAUCAUCCAACGCUUGCAGACUAUUCAUAUUGGCCAAGUUCAUGCAGAAAUCUAGACAGGUUGUAUUGGAUGGGCAAGAAGCUACCAGCAAAGAGCAGGCUAAACUGCAAGCCCUGGUCAAGAAGCACGGCCCUGAACCUGAUCUAUGGCCGCUAGCAAAGUCCCUCACAUAUAUCGAGUUAAGUACAGAAGGCCAAACACCACCACUAACACCAACUCAGUCUGCUCCUGAUGUAGAGGUGUCUUGGCAGGUCCAAUCAUCAAUUGAACAGAAACCUAGACCACUAGCGAAAUCUCGCUCAUUUUCCCUCCCACUUGCUGGCACUACUGGAGUAACGGAUAGACCACCCUCACAUAGAUCUUUUGACCAGCUCCCCUCCCCCCAGCGUGAAUGUUCUCAAGAGAGGCACCUCUUAGCACAGAGUAUAGCAUCGAGGAAACUAGACUUCAGAGAUAGACAGAGUUUCGAAGAACAGUACACGAUAGGAGGACCUGUUUCACCUAUAUAUAAACGCAGCAACUUGGUGAGCUUGUCGUCACGAGAAGAACCCGAUGGCCAAUCAGAUAUCAGUAGCGUGUCGCCUGAACAUUGUCUCAAUGGAAUGUCAGAGAGAUCUUCAGUAUCAAUCCUAACACCACCGCCCUCCACCCCCUUACCUUUGCAAGAGGACACUAAUAAACGAACUAUCACCCCCAGUAUGAUCCGAUCUGCUCUCGAGUCUCUACAGCAGAUGCAAAGCAACAGAGCCACUCCACAAUCUGGCACAUCACCUUCUGAACACAGGCAAAUUUGUCCUGAAACUGUCGCAAAUGCUUUAUCAGUUUUGAUUAAUCAGGACUCUCAACCACCGCGGCUCUCUGUGUCCAGUGACACACCCACCACAUUCCUAACCCCUCCCCCCUCCACUCCACUAGGGGACACCAACGACCAAUCAACUAAUCUCUCUUCGUCUGAUUUGAUAUCUGCUUUGUCAGCGUUAGUUGUUCCCGGUCAGUGUUAUAGCGUGGAUACUACAAGUGGUGAUAGCUCUACCGUGACCUCUGUACCUGCAUGCACACCAAACGAGGACAGAAAAGAAUGGCGGAGACUCGGCUUCAAGCCUGAGGAUGUUAUCCAAGCUCUCACUGCACUCUCGCUACAGAUUGGGGAAGAAACAGACAGCCCUACAGCUGACGACUUGAGCUUGUCUCCAAUUCAGGAAGAAAUGGUAUUAACUGCUAACAAACUAUACACUACCAAUGUGGAAGCUAGAGACACAAGAAAUGCAAGUGAGAGUAUUGAUGAGGAAAGGUCCCCAGCUCCUCCCGAUUUUGUGUUUUCGCCGCCUGAAUUAAAUGACUGUGUAUUGGAUGUACCCACCACCUGGAACAGUGCACCUAGUGCGUCAUGUAGCCCCAGUGAUGAUGUGUUGUACUCAUAGUAUAUACAUAGCUGUUGGUUGUGUUGUUUGUACACGUUUUUGUUUGUGGUUUAAUACAGUUAAUUUUCGCAUAGUGUGUAUUAUGACA